GCAGCACACAAACUUGCUAUUUUAAGAGGGGCGUACAAACUUGGAUUGUAGAAAUCAUGUUCUUUUUCCUUUAAACCAGCUGCAAAGUGUCUCUCGUGUCCCAGAAAACAUUCAAUUCAAACGACGAACUAUACAGAAAGAAAACCUUGGCAGCCUUCGUCUACGUCAAAACAAGGCUGAGACCCGACUUUAGAGUGAAAACAAACAUUUCCCAGGAUCCGCGAGCCUUGUCCUUGCAUUCUGACAUGUUCGGUCUCGUACCGAACCCGGGGAGAGACGGCCGGUGAAGCUGGAAACCUCAGCAGGGCCGCAUAACACCUUGACAAUUCAACCCACAUGUGAGGCGGCGUGCUGGGCCGCCGCCUCGGGGCAAGAUGGCCUCAGCCUCAUGUGGAAGAGGUUUUCCACUCGGCUGAACGUCCAGCACCUCCACCGGGAUCCCCGGCGCUCACCGCCAUUAUACCGCCGCGGCUUCAAGCGUCGCGAGCAGCUGCGGGUUAACACCAUUCGCACCUCCUCUCUCCGCGUACAGGCGGUUCACAUGUUACGAGUCUGGCAGGAGGAAAGGAAAGGACUUCUGCUAAGAGAGGAUGUGCAGCUGUCAUCAAGAAGGAGUUCAUUGUGCAGAGAUGGCCAUGGUAUGCCUAACGGACUUUGAGGAGUACGCAAAGGCACAUCUUUCAAAGGCCACCUGGGAUUAUUACGCAGCCGGAGCUGAUGAAUGCUGCACCAGAGACGACAAUCUGCUGGCUUACAAAAGGAUCCGUUUGAGGCCUCGCAUCCUGCGGGACGUGUCAGUAAGUGACACGCGCACCACGGUGCAGGGGACAGAAAUAGGCUUUCCCGUCGGCAUUGCACCGACGGCCUUCCACUGCCUGGCCUGGCAUGAAGGCGAGGUGGCUACAGCUCGCGCCACCGAGGCUCUCAACACCUGUUACAUCACCAGCACCUACUCCACCUGCUCAGUGGAGGAGAUCGUUGCGGCGGCGCCCAGCGGCUACCGCUGGUUCCAGCUCUACGUGUACCGGGAGAGGAGGCUGUCCGAGCAGCUGGUGCACCGGGUGGAGGCGCUCGGCUACAAGGCCCUGGUCCUCACGGUCGACGUGCCCUACACUGGAAAGCGCCGCAACGACAUCCGCAACCAGUUCAGGCUGCCGCCGCACCUCAAGGUCAAGAACUUUGAGGGCGUUUUCCAGCAGGAGGCGAGCGUCCCAGAGGAGUACGGGAUACCGGCCAACACCUUGGACCCGUCUAUCAGCUGGAAGGACAUCCACUGGCUGCAGUCCAUCACCCGCCUCCCCAUCAUCAUCAAGGGCAUCCUGACCAAGGAAGACGCCGAGGUGGCCGUGGAGCAUGGCGUCCAGGGUAUCAUCGUGUCCAACCACGGGGGGAGGCAGCUGGACGGCGGCCCGGCGUCGGUACAUGCCAAACACUGUCUGCAGGCAGGCCUUAAAGGGGACAAAGACAGUGUCGUCGAUGGAGGAAUCAGGACAGGAAGCGACGUCCUCAAAGCGCUGGCCUUGGGGGCCAAGUGUGUGUUCAUCGGCCGUCCAGCCGUGUGGGGCCUCGCAUACAAGGGGGAGGAAGGAGUGAGGGAAGUUCUUCAGAUCCUGAAUGACGAGUUCCGUCUUUCCAUGGCUCUGUCAGGUUGCAGGAACGUAGCCGAAAUCAACAGGAACCUCGUUCAGUUUUCCAAACUUUGACGACAACAACUUUGACAACGACAACGGCGACGGUUCCGCUUUAGCAGGAUUCUGGCCUGAACCGAAGCUUAAGCCCGAGAUGUAACGACGAACGCACCGAGGACGGGUUUACGUCAGAACCCGCCGGCGCCAGGAAAUCACGGCUCACGGACGCCUGUGCCUGGAAUUCGACUUGUAAUCACCCCCAUUGUACGAGUGACAGGAUGUUGUGAGAAAGUGGAGUGUUGUUGGAAGACUGAGCGAUCGAUUAAUGAAAGUGUUUUUGGCUUUGGUGGCGGAAAGGAUGUGGGCGCUUAUCAUAAAAUCAAACACAUUUCUUCUGGUUAAACUGUGCGAUGUUUGUGAGAAAUGAUACCAGUGCUUGUGGUUGAAUAAAUACCUUCUGAGAUGAA